AUGUGUGUUUGUUUCAGAGUGCUACUGGACAACACAGAGGAACUGAUCGAGAUGCAGACCAGGAAUGAAUCGUCAGACCCUCGAAGCAGCAUAUCUUAUUAUGAUCGGUACCAUUCUCUGGAGGAUAUAUACUAUUGGAUCAACAAGACUGCCCAGGAACACCCAGACAUGAUCAAAGUCAUCCUGAUUGGCUCAUCGUAUGAAAAACGCCCACUUUACGUUCUCAAGUUGUCUGGACGUCAAGAGAGAGCUGAAAAGAGAGCUAUGUGGAUUGACUGUGGCAUUCACGCUAGAGAGUGGAUCUCCCCAGCUUUCUGCCUGUGGUUUGUGCAAUAUUCCUUGAAUUUCUAUCAUCUAAACAAUGACAUCACCGAGAUGCUGAACAGUAUGGACAUCUAUGUGCUGCCUGUCAUGAACCCGGAUGGAUACAAGUACACAUGGACAAUGUCGGACUUAGCCCCUGGAGGUUCUGACGACUGGGCCUACAACCUGGGCAUCCACUACUCCUUCACCUUUGAGCUGGAGGACCGUGGUCGAUAUGGUUUUCUCCUACCGCCAUCAUUCAUUUCCAAGGCCUGCAAUGAAGCCCUCCUCGCUCUUAAGAGUAUCGCUCUCAGAAAACACAACCCCAACCCUAACCCUUUUAUGCCCCUGAGAAGUUGGCUGUGUAAACCCGAGCAGUUUCACGUCUGA